GGCUUCGCCCCGUCUGUUUUAUUUUUAGCUGGCAGCUCGGCUGGCGUUGCAGGCGGGGCGGUGGCAGGCGAGGGACGACCGAGCCCGGCUCCCGGCAGGGCGGGAGGACGGGACAGCGGCGGCAGCAGCAGCAGCAGCAGCAGCGAGGUUACCGCAGGCGAGCCGCAGCCAGCUCGGCUGCAAAGCCGCCGCCGCCCCUUCCCCGCCUCCGCGGCAGGGAGAAGCCGGCAGCGGCCUCGGGCCUCCCGGCGCCGCCGCUGCGGCUCCCCUCGGGCUGGCGGCUCGCUCCGCGCCGGGGCGCGGCGGGGACCCGCAAAUGGCCAGUGCCGGGCUCGGGCUGGAGGAAGGUCAGCCCGCGCCCGACUCGCCGCAGCCCGAGCUAGCUUUCACCGAGGCGCAGAAGUGGAUCGAGCAAGUGACAGGCAGAAGUUUUGGUGAGAAGGAUUUUCGUUCUGGAUUAGAAAACGGGAUUCUUCUGUGUGAGUUGCUGAAUGCAAUAAAACCGGGAUUGGUAAAAAAGAUCAAUAGACUGCCGACCCCCAUUGCAGGUUUGGAUAAUAUCAUCUUAUUCUUAAGAGGCUGCAAAGAGCUGGGGCUUAAAGAAUCUCAGCUCUUUGAUCCGGGUGACCUUCAGGACACAUCAAACAGAGUAACUGUCAAGAACAUUGACUAUAGUAGGAAGCUGAAAAAUGUAUUAGUCACCAUUUAUUGGCUAGGGAAAGCGGCAAACAGCUGCACCUCAUAUAGUGGAUCAACCCUGAACCUGAAGGAGUUUGAAGGUUUGCUGGCACAGAUGAGAAAGGAAACUGAGGAUAUUGAGAGCCCAAAGCGCAGCAUUCGUGACAGCGGCUAUAUAGACUGCUGGGACUCUGAACGGAGCGAUUCUCUCUCCCCGCCUCGCCACGGCAGAGAUGACUCCUUCGACAGCCUGGACUCGUUUGGAUCCCGCUCGCAGCAGACGCCGUCCCCAGAUGUAGUGCUCAGAGGAAGCAGUGAUGGGAGAGGAAGUGACUCUGAGACUGACCUACCACACAGAAAGAUGCCAGAUGUGAAAAAAGAUGAUAUGUCUGCAAGGCGAACCUCACAUGGGGAACCUAAAUCAGCUGUGCCUUUUAACCAGUACCUCCCAAACAAGAGUAAUCAGACUUUUUAUGUACCCGCUCCACUUCGGAAAAAGAAAGCUGAGCGAGAAGAGUAUCGAAAGAGUUGGAGCACUGCAACUUCACCACUAGGAGACCGACCUUUCAGCAAAACCCACCCUGAAACCAUAGAAGAAGAACAGAAUGAAGCAUCGGGACCAUGUGAAAAGGAGAGAGUGGGCUCCAUGGCUUCUGAGACAAGCCCCACUAAAAAUCAAGCAGGUUUGAAUCAAAACAAAGGAAACUCCGUAGGCCAGUCUCCUUCAUGUAGCACUAAAGAAACCUUGGCAUCCAAAGGGAAAGAUGCAGAAGAGCUCAGAAAAUUAAGAAGACUGGAGCAAGCUGGCAUUAAGGUCAUGUCAGCAGCCCAGCGCUACAGCAGUAAAAAGCAAACUUGUGAAGACAACAGAAGCACCCCAGACAUCAUCCUCCGGAAGGAGAACCCCUUCAUGACACUUUACCAAGGGAAGGAUUCUGGUUCAGAAGAUGAAGCGAGCAGAGUUCCUGAUUUAGAAAAGGAUGAUUUUGCCACUCGGAGAGCCAGAAUGAAUCAGCCCAAACAUGUAGUUCCAUUUAACACGUUUUUAAUUGGACCCUAUAUAAAUAAAGAUAAAGGUAAACUGGAAGACAUUAAAAAGCCAUUGCAGAUGGAAAAACAGCAACAUGCAAGAGGAAGCCAGGUGCACAAGGAAUCAGCAAGGCAAAUAGUGACACACACAGAGAACCCAUUUCUGCAGACUAAGAAGAAUGAGUCAGAGGAGGAAGAGCAGGUGAAAGUGCCUGACAUUGAGCGAGAUGAUCUGGCUAAACGGAAAUCUCACAGUACCGUUCCUCGGAUACGAGAAGAUAUAUUUGUGAAUGCCUCUAUAACACAAGCAGAUCUGGAAACCUGGAAAAGAUUGAAACUGUCAGGGGACUCCAGUGAAGAAGAUUUCAAAUGUCCCUGUGACACUCUGGCAUCAACUGAAAUCUCAGUGAAAGCAGCAGUCCGUGAUGAUUUCGCUGUCUGCAAAGCAAGAGCAAACAAAAAGUCUGGUAGCCCCAAGCAGAAGUUUGUGCAUUUCGGGCCCGUAACCGAGAUUGAUCAACAGAAGUGGGACAAGCUCAGUAUUGGCAGAGCUUCAUCCAGGAGUGAAAUAAAAGAGAAAAACAAAGAUGAUGUGGAGAUUCACACUGGUACUGAGAGUUCUUCUUCAGCCACUAGUGGCAUUUUCCAGUCUGCUGGACACAGUAAUGAAGUCUCUAGGCCACAGAAUGAUUCCAGUGAAGUAGCAAGGUCAGGUACAGAUGAACAUUGCGGGAGAACACUAUCGCCUGUCCCAGCUAUUUGUGUUGCCUCUGAGAAGCAAACCCAACAUAGUUUGAACAAACGGCAAGAAAGCACUGAGGAAGAGACCAUUGGGCAAUUACCUGACAUUGAGAGAGAUGAUAUGUUGGUUAGAAGAAUGGGAAUUUUUCAAAGACGUACCACUAGCCCCGUUCACGUACCUUGUCCUUCCCUGUCAGUAGCUCCUCAUCUGCUAGAGCAGCAGCAAGGGGAGGCAAUAGCUCGUGAGAAGGAUUUGAAGACUCCACAGGAAGCAGAAAGUACUGUAACCAGAGAAGAGAGCCAAGAACAGCUUGAAACCCCUCAUCAGCAGAGUGGUGGAAUGGAAAACAAAGUGAAAUUUCCAGACCCACAAAGAGAUGACAUGUUGGCCAGGAGAACUGGAGCUUUUCUAAAGCAGACUGGGCCCAGUGUUAAACAGUUCCUUCCCAUGCCAUUUUCAAAGCAGCAGAAUAAGCAGGGCACAUCUAGAGAACUUGACAAGAAAACUAAGAGGCCUGAAAAAUGUCCACAAGUCUGCAUUAAUAGUGCUGGAAAACUUGCAAUGCAACCUCAGCAAGAACAUCAUCAAGGGCAGGAAAGAUGCGAUGUUCCUCCUGCAGGACAAGAUGGUAUUAUUUCUACUGCCCAAAUGGGUGAUCAUAGUCUUAACAAAGACCACCUGGAUAAAGCAUCAAACCUUCAGGAAGUUCCUGAGGAAAAUAAAAAAGAAACAUUGUCAUCCAAGGAUGAACAUCUGCAAACAUUCGGCCCCAGAACUGCUGUGUCUGAUGACGCAGAGAGCAUGAGCAUGUUUGACAUGAGGUGUGAAGAUGAAGCUGUGACGCAGCCUCAUAGCAAAGCUCGCCAUGAAAAACUGCAGAAUAUACACAACCAGCUGAAAGAGGAUGAGACUAGAUGGCAAGAUGACCUAGCUCGGUGGAAGAGUCGCCGAAGGAGUGCUUCACAGGAUUUAAUAAAAAAAGAAGCUGAGAGAAAGAAAAUGGAAAGAUUAUUGUCUGGAGAGGGAACAAAUGAGCGAAGAAAAAGCAUCAAAACCUACCGAGAAAUUGUGGAAGAGAAAGAGAGAAGAGAGCGGGAGCUUCAUGAGGCAUACAAGAACGCAAAGUCUCAGGAGGAAGCCGAGAGCAUCCUCCAGCAGUAUAUUGAAAGAUUCACCAUUAGUGAAGCUGUCCUUGAGCGUCUGCAGAUGCCAAAAAUUCUGGAAAGAAGCCAUUCAGUGGAUCCAGAUUCCCCACUGACAGACCCAAAUCCUCUAAGAUACUUAAGGCAACAGUCACUGCCUGCUCCAAAAUUCACUGCCACCAUUGAAGCAACCAUUGUUCCAACCACGGAAUUAGAGCCCAGUGGUUCCACGGGCCGCACAUCCCCGAGCAAAACUGUCGUCUCCAAGGCUGUGCCUAUGCUGACACCCAAGCCUUACUCACAACCCAAAAAUACACAGCAAGUUUUAAAGAAUUUUAAGGUAGAUGGAAAAGUCAGCAUGAAUGGAGAGAAUGUCAAUGGAGUUGAAGAGAAGGAUAAAGAGUGCACAACAGUAAUAUUUACUCCUUCGCCAAGCAGAUCUCUGAAAUUUGAUGGAGUAGCCAGAGGGGACAGGCCCCCGGCUGAGCUGAAGAAGGACCCCACAAGUAUUGAGCUCAGCUCACAGAGGCCUGCCAUUCAGAGUGUGCACAAAGAGCCAACAGCCUCUUCAGUGGAAGAAGACACGCCAGCCAGCCAACAGGUCGGGGCCAGUCCUGGAAGUGCAGGACCUGUGAGCGCAGCAUGUGCUUCGCCGGUUUCAGAUCGAAAGCAGUUCAAGUCAACUGCAGCUUGUGCCAGCCCUACUGUGACCAGCUUAGCGUUACCUGCUAGCCCUGUCCCUUUGGAGGAAGCUGCUUCCAGUGAGAAAGAUGUGAAGAAACCUGAAAAGGAACAGCAGAAGGAAGCACGGCUCCCUGCUACGCAGGAGGUAAUGAAACCAAAAGCCCUGGAACCAGAGGGGAGUGUAGUAUUCCCAUUUUUAAAGAGACUCCCUGAGACCAGCCAAGUUACUCUGCAGAAUUCUGCAGACCUACAAGCUGAUUCUGAGAGUGGUGACAAAUCAAAUCGUUUCAAUUUCUGGUCCUGGGAUCCAGAAGAAGAGCGAAAGCGACAGGAAAGGUGGCAACAUGAGCAAGAACGCUUGCUUCAGGAGAAGUACCAGAGGGAGCAGGACAAGCUGAAAGAGGAAUGGGAAAAGGCACAAAAAGAAGUUGAAGAAGAGGAACGUAGAUACUAUGAGGAGGAACGUAAGAUAAUCGAAGAUACAGUGGUUCCAUUCAUUGUUUCUUCAAACUCUGCUGAACUCCUCUCCUCCUCGUCCUCUACCACUGAAGGAAGCAAGACAGUGAACACAACUGAUUCCAACAACUCUCCAGAGGAGGACAAGCAACAAGAAGUUACAAGGCAGAAAAAGUUGCUUUGGGAGCAGGACAGUAUGCCAUCUCUAAAAAGCAAAGAAAAUGAACUCCGACAAGAAAAGAAUAGUAGUGUAAAUAAAGUGCUCUCAGGACAUCUGGAGACAGGUAUCUUGAAAGGAAGUGAACAGGAGCACCAGGCAUCUGUGCCACAACGCAACUCAUCUGCUGGGCUCAGUCUACCGUUAACUCAGGAUGUCUCGUGGAACCAGCAGCUGCUAACCAAACAGUCCCCGCAGCGCGCAGAUGACAUGAGGCAGAGAACGUCCCUGGGUCAGAGCAUGGGCCUGCAGGCUAACUCCACAGGAGAAAAGAGGAGGGUAGGCUGUCAUGAGAAUUUCCGAUCUGGGCCAUCAUCUCCCUGCUCUCCUGCUGCUCCAAGUCACUCGCCCAACAGGUACAAAAGAUCUGUCAGCGGAAAGAAGCUUUGUUCUACCUGCGGGCUUCCCCUGGGAAAAGGAGCUGCCAUGAUUAUUGAAACACUUGGUCUUUACUUUCAUAUUCAGUGCUUCAGGUGUGGCAUUUGCAAGGGACAGCUGGGAGAUGCAGCAAGUGGCACAGAUGUCAGGAUUAGAAACGGUCUUUUGAAUUGCAAUGAUUGUUACAUCCGAUCCAGAACUGCUGGGCAGCCAACUACAUUGUGACAUGACUUUCAGUCCUAAAGACUUAUAGGAAGGAACUUUCUUCUCACGUGUCUCAGCUGCCUCCAGACAAUCACUUGCAAGAGCUUGCAUCCAUGGACAUCAUAGCUCUCAUCUCAUUUUGAGAAGCUCAUAUGAAAUCGCUACAUCUGCUCCUUUAAAACGCAAUAUGUUUUUCCCCCUUUCUUAAGGAAUUUGCAAAAUAUGUACGAUGGUAUUUGGUAAGGUAUAGCCUAAGUACUAUAAGAAAAAAUCCCACCUUUUCAGGUAUGUUUAUGAUAUUCUGUCUGUUACUUUGUUUGUUUAAAAGUAAUAAGAAAAUAAAGAUGCAAUAAACUUGUUUUGUUUUAAUAUUUCUAGGAAUUAAAAUUUUAAGUUUACAGAGCCUUUAUAGAAUAUGCCAACUUGAGAUGAGAAGUAAUUUUAAAAUAGUAUCUAAUCAGUGCAUUGAAAAACUAAACACCACAGCACAUGACUUCUCUGUUAUAACUGAAGCUAUAACUUUUUUUUAUACAGAGACUAGUUUGAUAAUACAUCCUGUAAUUCUGAAACAUUUUGUGUUUAUAUUACCUUCAGUGGAGGGUAGGAGAUAUACAAAUAAAUUAUUGCACCUUUAGUGAUAGGAUUUUUUGUUUGUGUACCUCAUGUAAUGUUCAUGACUAUAGCUUAAUAUUCUGUCAAAUAAAGAUUUCUUCAUUAAACCUAAAGACUCCAUACCAUUAGCGACUGCGAAAUUCCCAUUAGGAGCAAUUGUUCAUGAUAAAAUCAGUAUCCUGUGUUGCUGUUAGAUUUGAUGAAAGGGUGAUGUGGGGGAGAGGAUCAUGAAUGGCAAGAUAUAACUGAAAUGUGAAUCUGUAAGCUGCAGUUUGAUGGUAUGGUGAACAACUUCUUUUGGUUUGUAAGUCUCCCAUGGAUGGUCUGAGUUAUUCUGAGAUCUGCUCAUUCACUUGCGAGUGCUAGGUUUGAUUGAAACCACAUGAGAAGAAACACAUGUGGUGGGAGUCUCCUCCCGAGUCCUCACUAGGGUGAAUGGUGAAUUAGAGUGAUGGCCGUGAACCUAUAUCCCUCCACGCAUCCCCCUGGAGGUAUGUGCUCCUUGCUGAGGUGCUCCGGCAGUUUGCUGGAACAGCAGGCAGAGCUAUGUUAGCUAGGACCUCGCAGUAACCCAGAAUAGCUAGAAUACACAGACAAGUUGAGGUGAUAUAUUACAAUUGUAAAAUAUCUCAUUUUAGCGGUUCAAAAUGCAAUUUAAAAUGGAGAAAUGAACACAACUUAUUCUGCCUUAAAAACCAUGAUAAAACUAAACUAACAGAUUUCUUGUUUUAUGUAUGUGCACAUCCAUUGUCUAUUGAUGUGUCAGUAAAUGGAAAUGACCUGGUUAUUGGGGAAGCAAUAAUUUUGAGUUGUUAUGUAGCUAGCAACUAUUUAUUUAAAUAUUAGACAGUUGCUUGCAUAUGAGUUGCAUACCCAUGCAAAACUGCUUAUCAUUAAAAAUACCUGCACAAUGUUACCAUUUGAGGACAUUGUGACUGUCUGCUGGAAGUUACAUGUUACUUCCUUAAAACUGUGCCUUAGAAAACGCAAAGCUGUUGCACACAGUCAGUGAUGACUCAUGGAUGCAAUAAAUCCAAAAAGUUCAAGUCUUUUGUAGGACUUCACUUGGGGAGUAUUUAAAAACAAAAAAAAAGAAGAAAAAUGUUCUGAAAAUAAGACAGUGAAGUCCAAUAUUUUGGUUAACCAUUUGCAUGAUAUACUGUUAAAGGUUUUUGAUAACCAGGAUGUUUACAGUUUGCAUGUAGUCAUAACAUUUUCCUGCAAAUAAUGCAUAACAUGGAAAUUCAAAAGGAUUUUAUAAACUACUUUGUACAUCUGUAUAAUUCCAUGUGCUGCAUUAAGGAUAUAUGAAUAUAUUAUGUCUGGGCCUAUUUUUCAAACAAGACCUCCUUUAAUGCAUGCUUGUAUGUCUAUUUGGUAUGUGUCACUAACACUGAUUCACACCUGUGAUGUAGUUUAGAUGUGCAAAUCAGUCGCAAGUGUAUAAAAAGGUUGCUUGUCACAGACAGAGGUUAGAUCUGCUUCUCAUUAACUUAGUGGUAGAUGCCCAAAGAUGUCAGAAGAAGCAUGACUGGAGCCAAAAUGCAUGAGCAAGGGGUGGGGUGGGGGGUGCGCAGCCUUGCAGAUGCUGCUGGGGCUCAGAAGCUGCUUGGAAAUUUAUCCCAGGGUCUAGCAAUUAGAUUCAUAUAUGCAUGUUGUAGUGGAGUUAAUUGUACGCAAAGCAAAACAGAGCAGCAUUCUCAGACCGCAAUUCCCUCUUCCCAAACACCAGCAGAGAAUAAUUUUCAAGUCUUCUAAAUUGUACUUGCCAGCUACUGUGUUGAUGUUUGAUUUAUUUUUCAUUUGGAGUCUUAUAUGGCAAAUUCAUUUGGGCUAAGACCUUUUUUUUUUCCCCUUUGCUUUCAGUUUAAACACAAAUAUAAUACAUUGCUUAUCAGGACCUUGGGACUUUGCGCCACGGAAAAAAACAUAACGCUUUAUCACAUUUGAAUUACAAUGUAAAUGUAUUUGUUGCAAAAGUGAUUUAUUACUGCUAAGCAAGUACAAUGUAUGUAAUGGUUUUUAGAUGUUUCACAAUUUACUUAGCCUCUUAAUACUUCAGAGAACCUCAAUAAGCAUCAUAACCCUUCUGUAUUUCACUAUCCCACUUCCAUGGUGCAUUUUUUCCUUACUCCUGCUAUGUAGUGUUAUGAUGCAGUUCAUCUGUAGUUUUCAGUGAAUGUCCUAAAGGUUGGUGAACCGACAGGGGACCAUCCUUAUAUGCAUGUCCAUUCAAGGAUGAGGAUUGCUGUCCUAACUGGAGCUAAUGUUGAAUACCAAUUAUGCUAAUCUUUAUUUAUUCUAAAAUGCCUCUGGAAAUUAGGAAGACUUGUCUAAAAAUGCAGCAGCUUUUAUAGUAAAUGUACGUUUAUAAAUAAAAAUAUUGAUUACA